GGAGAAGGAGCCGUGCAAGGGAAGCCCGCCCAUGACAAGCUGGCUGCUGUUGUGUGGCCAUGGAUCUUAUCUGUCUUCUGUGAGAACCAAGUAGAUGCAUGAGGCUUUGCUAUUAUCAAAGGCACUUUGCAUAAUGAAAGAGAAACAGUCAGUAUCUUCUGUUGGCUCCCAACAAGCUGUAAAAGACCCCACAGCUGUAGAAAGAGCAAAUUUGCUGAACAUGGCUAAAUUGAGUAUCAAAGGACUGAUUGAAUCAGCUUUGAGCUUUGGCCGUACUCUGGAUUCUGACUACCCACCUUUGCAACAGUUCUUUGUCGUUAUGGAGCACUGCCUUAAACAUGGUCUUAAAGUAAGAAAAUCUUUUCUAAGUUACAAUAAAACAAUCUGGGGACCACUGGAACUUGUGGAGAAGUUGUACCCAGAAGCUGAGGAGAUAGCAGCUAGCGUCAGAGAUUUACCUGGCCUCAAAACACCGUUGGGCCGUGCCCGGGCGUGGUUACGAUUGGCAUUAAUGCAAAAAAAAAUGGCUGAUUAUCUACGCUGUUUAAUCAUUCAAAGAGAUCUCCUCAGUGAAUUUUAUGAAUAUCAUGCGCUGAUGAUGGAGGAAGAAGGAGCAGUUAUUGUUGGGCUCUUGGUUGGGUUAAAUGUGAUAGAUGCUAACCUGUGUGUAAAGGGAGAAGACUUGGAUUCACAAGUUGGUGUGAUUGAUUUCUCUAUGUAUUUAAAAAAUGAAGAUGAUAUUGGGAGUAAAGAAAGAAAUGUCCAGAUUGCUGCAAUUUUGGACCAAAAGAAUUAUGUGGAGGAACUGAACAGACAACUAAAUAGCACAGUCAGCAGCCUUCAUACAAGAGUUGAUUCAUUAGAGAAGUCAAACACUAAACUAAUUGAAGAGUUAGCAAUAGCCAAAAACAAUAUAAUUAAACUUCAGGAAGAAAAUCAUCAAUUAAGAAGUGAAAACACACUUAUUUUAAUGAAAACACAGCAUCACCUAGAGGUAACCAAAGUGGAUGUUGAGGCAGAGCUUCAAACGUACAGAUACUCCAGACAGGGUCUGGAUGAAAUGUACAAUGAAGCACGCAGACAACUUCGAGAAGAAUCACAAUUACGACAAGAUAUAGAGAAUGAGCUAAUGGUCCAAGUCAGUAUGAAACAUGAGAUAGAACUUGCAAUGAAGUUGUUGGAGAAAGACAUUCAUGAGAAACAAGACACCCUCAUAGGCCUUCGACAACAGCUAGAUGAAGUUAAAGCAAUUAACAUAGAAAUGUACCAAAAGCUGCAGGUUUCUGAAGAUGCCAUGAAAGAAAAGAAUGAAAUAAUUGGUCGACUAGAGGAUAAGACCAAUCAGAUUACUGCAACUAUGAAACAAUUGGAACAAAGAUUGCAGCAAGCAGAGAAGUCUCAAGUGGAAGCUGAGAAUGAGGACAAGAAAUUCGAACAAGAAUGUAUGAGUAAAUCUGAAAACCUGCAGAAAGAAAUCUCCCAAAAGGAGAAGCAGCUUGUUCAACUGGAAACAGAUUUGAAGAUAGAAAAGGAAUGGAGACAAACCCUGGAAGAUGAUCUGCAAAAGGAAAAAGAAACUUUAUCUCAUCUGAGAGUAGAGACCCAACAAAUAAUUUCUCUUAAAAAAGAAUUCCUUAAACUACAGGACAAAAAUAGGCAGUUGAAAAAGAUAUGUCAUGACCAAGAAGAAGCUCUCCAAGAACUGGCCUGCAAGCUUAGCGAAUCAAAGCUUAAAAUAGAAGAUAUAAAAGAAGCAAACAAAGUAUUACAGGGACAGGUUUGGCUGAAAGACAAAGAGGCUACACACUGCAAGUUAUGUGAAAAGGAAUUUUCUCUUUCCAAAAGGAAGCAUCAUUGUAGAAACUGUGGUGAAAUUUUCUGUAACGCCUGUUCUGACAACGAACUGCCUCUACCAUCCUCGCCAAAGCCUGUACGAGUCUGUGAUUCCUGCCAUGCGUUUCUUAUACAGAGAUGCUCUUCUAACAUGCCAUAAAAUUACUCUACAAAAUAUUUAUAAACUAUUGCUAUUUAACAUAUUCUAUAAAAAGAUAUAAUGUAAAGUAUUAACAUGUAUAUUCCUGGAAUACAGGCAAGCGGUUUAGAUUUGGAUUUUCAAAAUAUACUAAGGCCUGGUCUACAAUACAAAGUUAGGUUGAUGUGAGCCACCUUGUGUUUACCUUGUUGUGCAUGUGUCUACACUUAGUCUUCUACUGAUGUAAGUGGCCUGUUAUGCUGACAUAGUAACACCACCUUCCCAAGCAGCGUUGAGCUAUAGUCGAUGCGUCAUAAGUGUAGAUGCUGCGUUGCCCAUGUCAACUCUAACAGUCCUCCAGCAGCUGUCCCAUAAUGCCCAACACUGACUGCUCUGGUUUGUUGUGUAGAUGUGGCCUAAGGGAGUUAGGUAUCCAGCUCCUAUUGCAACUUAAUGAGAAAUGGGUGUCUAGCACUCUUGAGCUCCUUUACAGAUCCCAGCCUUUAAUAUUUGAUUCUGUUUGUUGCACCCAACAGGCAGCAAAGGAAUAAAAGGUUUUAUAUAGUUUUAAUGGAGAGAAAUAUGAAAUAUUGAAGUUUUUCUUCAACAGAGUUCAUGUAAUGGUAUUUGAAGGACAUUGAACAAAAGUUUGACAGGAACCUAUCCCCUUUUCUACCCAAACACAGACAGUGGGAAUUUGAAUAAAUGUGCAGGCUGAUUCAAAAUAAUACAUUACAAAUGAAACAAUUUUAUAAAAUAUAUUAAAUCAGUCUUGUUUAAUUAAGCAUAAGUAUUUAUACAGUUAACAUUUCCCUUAUUUUUAGUUAUCUACUUAUUUUUUAAAAACUGGGCUAUUAUUUUAAGAGAAAAUAUACCCUUAUAAUGGCCGAACUUACUCUGGUAUAUGAAAACAACUUCCAUUGAUGUCAACGGAAGUUCCAUAUGCAUAUCCGAGGACAGAAUUUUAAAUUUAGAUUAGUCAUAAGUUUACGUUAUGUAAUUACCUUAUUACAUUGGAAAAAAAUCACUGCUUCACACUCAAAACACUGUUUCAUUAUAGUGCCUGUUUUUUAAUACCUUUGAUCUUCAGAUUUCUGAGAUAAAUGGAAAUAUGUUAAUUACAGUGAAAAAUCAUCUUUAGGAGGAAAAGAUUCCAACUGAGGCACUACAGUAAUUUUUUUCUUUUCAUAAUGUUUGCAGGAUAUAAGAAUGUUUUAUUUACUUUUAAUCUGUGGCAAAAAAAGGAAAAAUUCAAAUAUUUUUAGCAGUAUUCUAUCUGCUUUUUAACAUUUCAUCCCCUAGUUUACAUUAUAAUACUUUAUUUAGAGGCUUAAUAUUGAGUUAGUGCAUAAACAUCCUUCUGUUCCUGCUACCAACUGCAGAAUAUGUUUACAUCAAGGUAAAAUGCUUUAAAAGCUAAACGUUUCAAUCAAAUAUACACUAAUUGUGGUCUAACUGCAAAUUUCAGUAGUGAGUUAGUAAAAUGAAGACAAUCAGCUUCCAGGAGUGAUUCCAUUUAGUUGAAAAAUAUUAAAUGAAGGAGCAACUGAAUUACAAGGAUAUAACUCUUUUUAUAUUAAAGGUUUUAAAGCCCAGUAUUACUACUUGUUUAAAAGAACCCUAUCUAAAUAAAUGAGAGAGAAUAGAGUUGUAAGGCUAUGUCUACACUACCGUUGGAUUGACGGUGCUGCAAUCAAUGCACCGGGGCAGCGAUUUAGGGCAUCUAAAUCAACAGGAGAGUGCUCUCUGGUCGACUCUGGUACUCUACCAGGAACAAGAGGAGUAAGGUAAGUCGACGGGAGAGUAAGUUGACCUAAGCUAUGUUGACUCUAGCUACGUUAUUCACAUAGCUGGACUAGCGUAACCUAGGCGACUUACUGCAGUAGUCUAGACAUAGCCUAAUACUAAGCAGGACAUGCCUUGUGUGAAUAGGUUGAUCAUCAGUUGUUUUAGCUGCCACCUGGCAGUGACAGCUAUAAUUAGGUUGCAUAACAUCUUCUGUUCUAACUCCCUGUUUUCACUGGUUGUAACUUUUUCAUACUCACCUUUUGAACUGAAAUUUUCCAGACUUGAUAUCAGCUUAAAAUGAAUUUUGUUAUGGAAACUUUUUGAGCAGAAACAAUUUGCCCUUUUUUCACUAUGAGAAUAGUGGAGGUCGGGGAAAUAAUUUGUCAAUUUAGAAGAAAAAUUGCAAGUUUUUUUUCAGGUGAGAGAGGUGAAAUAUGGAAAGGAAAUAGUCAUAAUUGAAGCUGUGCACAACAUUGUUCUGGAGCAAAAUGGGUUUGAUUUGACCAAAUGAGUGUUUGAAAAAUCACUAGCCCCUUCCUUUAGACUUAGGCUUUCUCCAUUGGGGGAAGGCUCUGGCUGAUGAGGUGAUGUGCUCCUGAGGAACUUAAGAACUUUACCAGCCCAGAGCUUUGUGUAGCUGCAGUGUUAAUAGGGUGCAGAGGAGAGGGCUUCUCCUGUUCCCUCUGAAGGAUUGACUAGUGUUUUGUAUAGCCAAGCUGACCUGGACUUCAUGCGUAACACUCCUUAGACUGCAGUUCUACUUUGACAAGUAGCUCUGUAAAAAUGGUAUGUAAUUAGCCUGUAUCAAUGCCUACAAACAAAGGGGAGAAUUAGGGUUGAAUGUGAACCCUUAACUUUGUCAUAUCUUGAUAUUUGUUUGAGUGCUUAACCAUGGGACCUUAAUGAUUUUUUGUAUGCUUUGUGUGUGCAGUUUUUAUAGCACUGAGACCCUUUCCUUGCUUUUUCAGAACUUCAAGUUUGAUAAUUAGAAACUUUUUGAAUCUAAUAGAGAAGUUUCUGUUCUGAUGUUACCUAAGGUAGAGUGGAUAUCUUGAGUUGUGUGAAAACAGAGUCCAUUUUGGGAGCAAAAUAAAGAGGUGAAAUCUGAA